AUGUCGUCACCGAGAUCAACAGGUAAUUCGAAUCAUCUCCACAGUGUCCCGACGGCCAAAUCGGUGUACUUGUGUAAAAAUGGCGAUCCAUUCACACCACCGAAACGUGUUAUCAUCAACACAAACUCUAUGACCACAUUUCUUGAUGAAGUAACGAAGAAGAUCAAAGCAAACGAAUGUAUGCGUGACGUUUUCACACCUAAAGGCAGAACACAUAUCAAGGAUAUUUCACAAUUCGAAAACGGCCAAUAUUACGUGGUCACAACGGGAAAAGGACGCUUCAAGGAUUAUAACUAUCAAAACAUCCCAUCUUACAAAACACCUCGUAAAGGACAAAGACAGAGUAGAAAUAAUUCCAGUAUUUUCAGUAGAUGGUAUAAAGAAAAUAACUUCACACAUCAAAGGAAUAGCAGAUAUGAUGAUAUUAAACCACGAUUCAACGAAACAGGCGAACCAGGAGUCCGAAUAUAUGUACACAAAAAUGAUCAGCCAAACGUGAAAACAGUUUUGGUCCUUCUGAAGCAAAAACGCCUCGAACAUCUGAAUUAUGCCUUAGAAGACAUCACCAAAGAGCUGUAUCAGGACAGCAAGUACCCUGUGAGAUUUGUGUACAACAUAAAAGGUGAACAAGUAACAAAACCCAGCGAUUUCCAACAUGAGGAAUUCUAUGUAGCUGUCCCACCCACACAAAUAUUCAAAAAGUGUGCCUAUGGCUGUCGGACAAGGGAUCUUCCCAACUUUACAAUCAAUCCCUUCGUCGGAGUUGGGAUUCCACAUACCGCUUACCUCUGGCAGGACCCAAACAGCUCUAGACCCACCACCUGGACAAGUAGGCACAACCAUGUUCCACCAAUCAGCAAACCGUCUCCUAACCAAUCAGUCGCCAGCCAUCCAGAGACCAGUCUCAGACGGCGAAAAAUACAUCAAACCCAGGAAGACGUCCACCAGAAAGCUAUAAAACAUCAACGCACACCGGAGAAGAGAGUUCAGCAGGUCGAUUAUGACCAAGAUAACUCUAAUGUUUUCCGAGCCAAGAAAGAGAACAAGUCGACAAAGGGUGCAAAAGAGGUCAAGGAAUCUAGGGAGACAAAGACUGACCUCCCGAUUGAUCAGGUCAAGGCAGAGGAAGUGGAGGAAGAGUUACUUCCCCCUGCUCAUCAUCACCUGACUCCUUUAGAAUUAAACCGUCGCCCUUCUGAUGAAGAUCAGGAUUAUGCUAAGGAAGAUUAUUAUGGCUAUGACAAGGAUGACAGGAGGUCGCCGAGAGGACAUCCAUACACCAAGGAGAGAUCAGAACGUGACUUGAAUCCUUACAAAGUGUUAGACCCAAUCAAGAAAGAUCAGCGUUCAUCUACACCAGUAAAAGAUGAUGAUGAUGAUGAUGAUGAGGAAAGGAAAAGGAAAGAAGAUGAGGCUGCCACUAAGAUCCAGGCAAGUUUCCGAGGUCACCAGGCCCGUCAGGAAAUCGCUGACAUGAAGAUAGCUGGGGAUGCCAAAAAGACAGAGAAUACCACCACUCAGAGAGAAGACACAAAGGAUUCCCUUGACAAAGAUGCUGAAAACAAAGCUGCAGCGAAAAUCCAGGCUGGUUUCCGUGGUUACCAGACUCGUCAGGAGUUAAAAGCAAAAGGUCAUAAGGUACGUCCUCCAAUUGCAGCUAAUGCUGACUCAGGUGAGGAUAAAAAGGUAUCAAAAGAGAAAGAGGAUGAAGCUGCAACAAAGAUCCAGGCCAGUUUCCGUGGUUACCAGGCUAGGAAGGAAGUCAAACAAAUACAGGAGGAGAAAAAGAAAAACGAGGCUGCGACCGUGAUCCAAGCUAAUUUCAAAGGUUACAAGGUCAGGAAGGAGCAAAAGGAACAAAGAGAAGGAGGACAGAAAAAAGAAAAAGAGAGCACCCAGAAAAAAGAAAAAGAGAGCACCCAGAAAAAAGAAAAAGAGAGCACCCAGAAAAAAGCAGAUAAAAAACCACUAGAUAAAGAUGAGGCUGCAACCAAGAUUCAAGCUAGCUUUAGAGGCUACCAGACACGAAAGCAAUUCAAGCAAGAAAAAGAACAGGGAGCAGGAAUAGCAAGCCAGGGUAGCGAGACUGUCAUCUCUACUCCGCCCCACUCCUCAGAAGCCCCCGGAAUUAACAGCCGUGCAUAAUACAGACGGACAGACUGACCAACGUAUUGUUCUGACCUUUGGCCAGUUAUCCCAUGACUGACCAGAAAUUCCUCCUAAUGAAUUCAAUGUUUGACAGACCUCAUUAACAUAAUUUAUUCCCG